CGGAAAUUCGCAUGCGCUUGCUACAGAAGUGCGGGUUGUUAGUGUAGGAGGUGUAAUCUAUUUAAUUCAUAAACAUUCACGAGAUACGUGUCUCUUUUUUAAUUGCGAACAUGGCCUGACUUUUUAUGAGCGAUUCGGCACCGGAUUUGGCGGGUGGGAUGCGUAGCUGGAGGUGGUACCUCUCCAGGGUCAUGCGCCUCUUCCUGCGCUGGUUCAGGCUCUGUCCACAGCGGGGACGCAGAAAGCGCCACAGCAGGGUACGAGACCUUUGGAACUACGGGAAAGUGAUACUCAAGUCCCUGUACUACAACAUCCUGACCAAUUCGGACACGGUGCUGGACUGUGCCUUUGAGCCCAUCUACUGGGUGGUGGACAACCUGACCCGUUGGUUUGGAGUGGUGUUUGUUUCUUUGGUCAUCUCCUUGACCAGCUCCGUCGUGAUUAUCGUGUAUCUCUGCAUGCUCCCCGUCAUCUUGAACACGUACCCCUUACACUGGAUACUGUGGCACCUCUGUUACGGGCAUUGGAAUCUCCUUAUGGUGGUCUUCCAUUAUUACAAAGCCACAACUACACAUCCGGGCGCCCCUCCGCAGGAAACGAGCGAUGUUCCAACUGUUACUAUUUGUAAAAAAUGUAUAAUUCCCAAGCCAGCUAGAACGCAUCAUUGCAGCAUCUGCAACAGAUGUAUUUUGAAAAUGGACCAUCACUGUCCGUGGUUGAAUAAUUGUGUGGGUCAUUUUAAUCACCGUUACUUCUUCAGUUUCUGUCUGUAUAUGACCAUGGGCUGCAUCUACUGCAGCAUGAGUGCUAAAGAGAUGUUUCUGGAUGCUUACAACGCCAUUGAGAGCUAUUAUCAGACGCCUGCGCCUGCGUACACCCAUCAGGAGCGAAUGGUUCAUAAAAGCCUCGUUUAUCUGUGGGUGCUCACAAGUACGGUGACUUUUGCUCUGGGAGCCCUGACAUUGUGGCACGCGGUGCUGAUAACCAGAGGAGAGACCAGCGUGGAGAGACAUAUCAACCGCAAAGAGCGAAAGCGACUCAAGCUGAAGGGCAAAGUGUUCUGUAAUCCAUACCACCAUGGAACAAUUAACAAUUGGAAAAUGUUUUUUGCUGUGGAAAAGCCGAGUCACUGGCUAACACGAGUGCUGCUACCCUCCAGUCAUCUUCCUCAUGGGGACGGCCUGAUGUGGGACUGUCCUAAAUACAGAAACAACACAAUGGCUAUAUAAUGUCAUAGACA